GCUGUAUUUAUUAACUAUAUGACUAUAAAGUGAUAAUAGAUCGGUUGUCUGCGGCUGUGCUUAUAUGCACACACACAUACAUACAUUUUAGAUCCAUAAUAACGGCUAUUUCACCGCUUAAAGGUUGAGAUUUGGGAUUCUGAUUAAAGACAACCAUCAUUUCAGUUUUCCUUUAUUUUCUAGUUCUGGGUUGUCAUUUGCUGUUUAUAUUUGCUUGCUGAGUGAAGAAACGCACAAAAAAUGAACCACGAUAAUGCCAAUAACACAUGGGAUUGGCAAAGUCAGAAUUAUAUUCUUGAAGAUAGUACCUGUAUUGAUGUGUCUAAAUGCCUAUUGAAUGGAGUGAACCAAAAUGAAAAUUUCUCUUAUAUCUUUGAGGAUGAAGCUACUCCAGUUAAGGCUUGCGGAGAUUUGGCUUACCAUGUGACCAACUACGCAACUGCAGGCAAAGAGUUAGAGCAAUACAGGGAGCCUUCUUCACAAGUAAAAAGGCGUCGCACGCUACAGUUUGAGUCUGAGGUUCUGGAUGCACCCCUUGGCAAUGAUGAGGCAUUUUUGAGAUCUCAGGAGACCCAGGAUUCUCUUGAAGAGGCUAUGUCUGAAAUGUCACAGUGGGUUGCUGGAUUUGCAGAAGGUACGUCUGCUUCCAGUAACGAGUGCUUGGAUCCGGCAUCUGAAGGAUGGAUUUCUGAUUGCUUCAAUGAUGCUGAGAUGCUGUUCAACACUGACGAUCUUAGUAGUGCAUCGGGGGCAUCUGAUGUUCCAAUUGACAUUACAGAGUUGUGCAACUCCCCUCCUGAAUAUCAAAGUAAGACAGUUCAAAAACAACCUGCUCUAACUCGUGGAAAUGUUGUUCUCAGAGGUAAGAAAUCAUAUAUUCGGAGUCCUCCAAAACUGGCUUCUACGGUCGUCUAUCCAUUUGCCUUUGUCAAACCAUGUGGUAUGCAUGGAGACCUGACUUUGAAGGACAUAAACCAAAAGAUCCAUACUCCACCUUCAAUCCCAGAGGAAAAAGAUCCUUCUCUCUCUUUUCCCACAUCUGCAAUUACCGGGAAGCCUGUGGUCGGGAAAACUAAGAUUCGCACUGAAGGUGGAAAAGGCAGCAUUACAAUUAUGAGAACCAAGGGAUAACUACACGGGUAAAUAUUUCUCGUGUUUUUUCUGUAUUAGACACAAUGGAUCAAGCGUAAAAGCUAAUUUCUGGUCAAUGUUGAUGGAGUUCAUAAUCGUCCGAUAUGUUGUCCACAUGACUUUCAUCGUUCAUGCCUUUAUGUGUAAUUGGCGUGAUUUAGUAGUCUUCAGGAUCUUGAUACCCUUCCGGUUUAGUAAAAGGAAAGAACAACAUUGUUCCUGAUUUAAUUGUGCGAGUGGGUGAUAUAUCUUUUUAUUUUUUGACUCCAGUGAAUGUAAUCCCUCAGCCUUCUUGUGCUGGGAAUUGAAUUUUAUUGUCUUCUUGAAUUUUGGGUAAAUUUCUUCUGAACUUGAUUUUGUCUCAAUUGAAUCACUGGAUUUCAAUUUAGAAAUCAGUAAUCACAUUGAUUUGCCAGAUGUUAAGGACGAAGUUUUAAAUAA